UAGCCGUGUAGGAAAGCGGCGCUCGUAGGAGAUUCUCGCUAGUGGUAAGCCAAACUUUUCCUGUCUCGCUUCGUUCCGCGCGGCGGGAACAGCUGAUAGCCUCCAAUGAGCGAACGGAUAAAGCUAUAAGGAUGUAUAUUCAUCGUGUGUGCCUUACGGAAAGGCCUUAGCGAGAGGAGCGCGCGUCCGAGUACAGGCAGAGAAUCUCGGGUUGAGUCAGAAGGAAAGCCCAGCAGUGCGGCGGUAGCCAUGACGCUACGAUGAUGGGCUGGUGCUCGGGCUGCGGCGAGUGGCUCAGCACCGGAGAAGGCUCCUGACCGCACCUUAUGGAGCGUUGGCGUGGCCACCAUCAGGCCAUGGCUGCAGCAGGACGUUGCAGCAGCUGCUGAGGGCACCAUGCGCGGCUCCCCGCAGGGCCUGCGCAGCGGCGUCCUCCUCUCCUGCCUUUUCUUGGCCUGCCUAGGUACCCUCUGCUCAGGUCUGGUGCUGAGCGAGCACAUCCGUCACUUCGAGCCGUUGUACUUCAAUCACAACGGCUUCAGAGACCAGCACCACCGAAGCAAGAGAUCGCCAAAGCUAGACAUUAGGCUCGAAUUUGCUGCCCACAGCAGAUUGUUCAAGUUGCGUAUGAAGCGCGACACCUCAGUGUUCAGUCCGGACGUGGCCUUUGAAUCAUCAAGUAGAGGUCUUAUAUCGUACGACACCUCAAGGGUUCUCAAGGGGUACCUGGAAGACGACGAAGAAUCCUCUGUUGAAGGCGUCAUCACAACAGACGGCCAUUUCGAUGGCGUCAUAACAGUUCGUAGCGGCGAGGCUUUUUACGUAGAACCUGCGGGGAGGUACUUCGACGAACCGCAGGACUUUCACUCCGUCAUCUACAAGGCGUCGGACGUCAGCUUUCCGGCUAACGUAACCUGCUUCUCUAAGAGACCAGACUGUGACGCGGAACCUUCGUCAUCGUCAACUCCAUCCGGGCGUCUUCGUCGAAGUCUGGAGGAGGACGCAUUGCACGUGUCCCAGCCGCCAUUGUACUGGCGUGAGGGAGACGCACUGCACUACAAACAAGAAGUGUCGGACUCUGCAGCGUUAGGUAUUCGAUCAGUGCAGAGGACGCAGUGGGCGAGCGGGGACAGGGUGGGGAAGAACGUGGUGAUCGACCCUAAGAAGACAACGUGUAUGCUGUAUCUGCAGGCGGACCAUUUGUUCUUUCAGAAGAUGGGCUCUGAGGAAGCCUGCAUCGAAACCAUGACUCGACACGUGCAGAAGGUGAACAGCAUCUACAAGACCACAGACUUUGACCAAGAUGGCCGUUCAGACAACAUCUCGUUUCUCAUCAAGCGGAUCAAGGUGCACACGGCAGAGGCCAUGCGCGACCAGGAGUACCGCUUCCCGGGCAACUACGGUGUAGAGAAGUUCCUGGAACUUUUCUCCGAGGAAGACUACGACGCCUUCUGCCUCGCCUACAUGUUCACCUACCGCGACUUCGAGGGCGGCACCCUGGGCCUCGCCUGGACGGGGGACCUCAAGAAUGCUGGAGGGGUCUGCGAGAAGAAUGGGCACUACCGGGGCAGCCUCAAGAGCCUGAACACAGGCAUCGUGACGCUGCUCAACUACGGCAAGCACGUGCCCCCGAUUGUGUCCCACGUGACCCUGGCACACGAAAUAGGACACAACUUCGGCUCACCGCAUGACCCCAAGGAUGACAGUACGUGCACUCCUGGCGGAGAAAAUGGAAACUACAUCAUGUUCGCGCACGCCACCUCAGGAGACAAGAAGAACAACAAUCGGUUCUCACCCUGCAGUCUGAAAGGCAUCAACGCAGUUCUCAACUCGAAGGCGAGAAAUACCAAAGGAUGCUUUUCUGAACCUCAAGACGCUAUUUGUGGAAAUGAAGUGGUGGAGCCUGGAGAAGAGUGCGACUGCGGUUGGGAGGACGACUGCUUGGAGCCCUGUUGCUUUCCUAUGCGCUCCAAUCCGCCACGGGACGAACCUCCCUGUCGUCUCAGGACUAAUGUCGUCUGCAGCCCAAGCCAAGGACCUUGUUGUACCCACGACUGUGUUCUGAAGAUGGGCGACAAGUGUCGAGGCGACAACGGCUGCCGUAGCGCCAGCUACUGCGAUGGGGAGGGACCACAAUGCCCGUCGUCUACGAGCAAACCAAAUAAAACUAUCUGCAACGAGGAAUUUGUAUGUUACAUGGGGGAAUGUACGGGAUCUAUCUGCAUCGCGUACGGUCUCCAGUCUUGCCAAUGUAAACGAAGGCCGCGGGACCCAGUCACAAAGGCCUGCGAACUUUGCUGCCGUCUUCCCGGGGACGACUCCACUUGCAAGUCAUCUUUCGAGUGGAACCAUCCACCCUACGACGUUCCUGACCUGUACGCCAAGCCAGGAACACCUUGCGAUAACUACAACGGUUAUUGCGACGUGUUUCAAAAGUGCCGGGAGGUGGACCCAUCAGGACCUUUGGCUACGCUUAGAAAGCUCCUGCUAUCUACUGAGACCAUAGUCUCACUAAGAAGAUGGGUGUUCGAUAACUGGUGGGGUGUGCUUCUCCUUAUGGUCACCGCACUCAUCUUUCUGCUUGUCGUGGUGAAGUUCUUCGGACGUCAAACAGAAACCCCCAAAACUCUUCCCGAGCCAGAACCGCUACCACCCGUACCCGUGGCUCCGUACCGAUCGAACAGCAACCAUGCCGUGGCCAAAGCCGUCAUCGCUUCCAACCCAGGCAUCGUCUCUGCCCUGGGACCUCAACCGGGAACCACUAGUCACUUCGUGAAGACGACGUUGUCCUUCGCUCCGCCUUCGAGGACGUAUCUGAGUACCGGAGUUGGGAACCCAGGCGGCAAAGGCUGGGUCUGAGACGAGGCGUCCACUGCCUUCCGGACUUCAAUUCGACCCCGCUCCCUGGAACCUUUGUGUGGCGCUUGUCCCCGAGAUCGUGCCCCAGAGCCCUUAGUUCGUCCACGCUGUGCUCAUUGCGGUUUCGCGUACAGCCAACGUUUUUAGAGGGAUGCGUCUCGGCAGGUUAUGUAGGUUAGUGUUGAUGUCCAAAUGCUGAUAGAAAAAUUGAUCGUUGAUACGGCAGUAUUUGACAAAUUGACGGAGUACAGCGAUGAAAGUGCAGUUCUUGAGUAGACGUCAUGCAUCGGUACGGGCACAAAACGCAUCCCAAACAAUGAUAUCCAAAUCAAUAAUUGGCUAUCAGUCGUUAAUCAUCAAGACUUGACAUAUCCAGCAUCAUUUCUGCAUGAAAUGGUAAAACAAUGGAACGAAAAUUUGUUUCUGUUCCUAUGUUAUAUGUUUGUUUGUUUUCUUUUUCUAUAAUCAAGUCAACUCAAACACAACGCUAGUUAUAAAAUUACAAAAAUGCGUAGCUGUGUAAUCGUCGCUUUAAUAGGAAGAAAGUUAUGUUAACAUAUGAAUUCGACCGCUAUCGCCAAAAGUCUGACAAAUUUGAUUCGAUGACUAUUUCGAAGUGUCGAGUUUCCUCAGUCCCUAGAGAGCUCCGAAGAUUUUGCGUUCUAGAUUUGAGAAAGAAGGAAUUCCUAGCGAGUUUUAACAGGUAUCGAGGUAUGACAUGUAGGGUGCCACGGGAGACAAUAAAGACGCGAGCGAAGGGGGCCUCAUUCUGUUCCUAACAAGGAAACUGUGCCCUUCCGUAUUCUACAUGACAUUUCGCAUGAGCAUUCGCGUAAAAUUUAUUUUGUCUCAUUGAUGAAUCCGAUGAGCCACAGCUUGACCAAGGAUAUUUUACUCAUGAUCCCUGCAAGAGUGGAAAACCCCGAUUAUAGACCAUUGCCAGGAAGCACACGUAAGCAGCAGUAAGUUCAAUUAAAGUCAUGCCUGGGAUAUAUGUAUAUUCCAUAAACCAAACUCGACAAGACAAAAGAGGUUCGUACAAAAGAGUCGCCAUGCUAAUGAUGCAGCAGGAAUGAAUGCACAUGAACACCCAACACAGAGAAGGUUUACACGUGAAUGGCACGAAAAGAGAAACUUGUUUUUUGGAGUGAAUUGGGAAAGGAGAUUAAUAUUGCUCUUCAUAUCUGCGCGUGCAUUUUGUCAGGAGCUGCCGUAGCGCCGCGCCGAACUAAUUCAGUUGCUCUCACGUCGGCGUACAAGAGGGCAAGAGAUACACACGCUCCCCGAUCGAUUACCCCGGAAGCGGGCGGGACAAAAAAAUAUCCAGAAGAGCUUCUGGCAGAACAAAUAUAGCGGGGUCAACGCGGGGGACAUGAGUAUACAAACCAAUCUCAGCGAGGAAACGCAUAUAGUGCACAUCGUGAGACCAGCGUUCCACGGUCUUGAAAGAAGUAAAAAUAAUAGAAUUGACGAACGUGAGCACCGUGAGUGGCGGUUGCGUUUCAUUCCAGUCGACUAUCAUUGCGACUAAUUUCGUGCAGCAAACCUCGUUGUUUUCCUCGAGAGUAAUGUAAACUUUGUGGUCAGCUUAUUACUCAUUACGAACAACCCACAUUAUUUAAUAAAUAUCUACUAUCGGCAUUAUUAGUUUGCUUUCUCUCCUCUUUUCUUGUAGUACACAGGAAGUGAUAACAGAUGUGCUAUAUUCAAAAUUGGGAUACUGGCAAAAUGUUUCACACACAGAGAAGUUCCUCCUGUUUUCACCCAGAGGAAAAUACAGAGGCUUUACUUUGAACAUAAUCCACGACGGAAGAUAAGCUUGGACAACUACUAUCACGCAUAAAUAACCGAAAGGAGACGAAAUGAGAGGACACAAAAAUGUUGCCAUUUUUUGCCCUUGUGUAAAAGCAUACACAAAAAAAAAAAAGGAAAAUAAGAAGACGACGACUUGGUCAACAUGAUGCUUUCGUUCGAACUGAGAAUUUGACCUCUUUACCAAUUAUAGUUCACAGGCAAAUAUUAUGUUAAGACAACGCACGUGCAGGGUUCCAGGUGGCCGCGGUCGGUCCCCGCUCAAAUCCGCGGUAUGUAUGCAGGAAUACAUGUUUCAUCGUAAAAUUUUUUUAGAUACGCCCCCCCCCCCCCCUUCCCUGCUCCCUUUGAAGAAGUCCGGCUAGCAGUGCGACCCUCGAAAGUUUUCGCAGCUCGGCUGAGCCACGUGAUAUGUGUGCGUGUGUGUGUCAUUCCCCCUUUCCUUCUGUGCGAGUGCGUGUGGACAAUGCUGUUCUAAGUGCCGCUUUCUACUGCAAGAAAAAAAAAAAGUGAACGUACCACUGACUAAUUGAGUGAAUCUACGACGUGAGCACAAGGAAACUGCAUUUUUUCAGCGAUGGUUUCGAACUGGAUGAAUAUGGGAAAAAAGUACUGUCUUGGACGUGUUUUCUGCUUGUACCCCUUCGUGAGGCUGACGAUAUUUGAGUCCAGAACUGAUUGAGAGUGUAUGUCGCAAUAUAUGCGGCAACAUAUUCGAGUUCCGCCUGUAGCGGGUACUUUUUAAGAGAGUAUCACUUCUUCAGAGGGUCAAUGACGUCAAAAGCUCCUAUCCAUUGCUAAGGAUGCGGAAUAAGGAAUAGUGCAAAGGCUCGUGCAGAUAAUAUUGCAGAACAGAACCUUCAGUCAUGCUUCACAUGUCACUAAUUGUGUACCAAUUGUGUGGCGAAUCAAAAUACGUUAUUCAUUACAAACAAUUUUUUUUAAUUACUAAUUUCAAUUUCAAUCAGUAAUUUUGAUUGAUUGAUCGAUACGAUGAAAGAGCUCUGUAUCGUCCGUUCCCUGGCUUUUAUGGCGUCCAAAAGAACCCCUCUCAGAAAUUUCAUCAAAUUAGUCGCAGGCGGUCGUUGUGAUUAGUGGCUUCCAAAUCACUAGGAUUCAUAGGUGGUUGCGGUAGGGCAACGAUAAAAAAAAUAGUCAGCCGUGAGGACACUUGUGCCUUUGAAAAUGAAGGAGAGCGUAUUGCCUUUACAACUACCUAAAAUCAAGAAAUCACUAACUAAUAUUUCGAAGGAGUGCACUAACAUUGAAAAUACACUUGUAAGUGAAAAUCACUAUUGGGACGCCCCUAUGUGGCACGUUUCCUCCAAUCGCCUCCUUCUGUUGAAUUACCACCGGCAGUUAUAUUGGCAAAUUGAGAUUCCGUACAAAAACGUUCCUCGUAACGUUCGCAUGCGAAACACGCAGUUUUAAGACGCGCAUUGACGGACCUCCUGCCCUACCAGCGAUGAACGGGAACUCGUCAACCCCGUGGACUCCCAGAAGAAGUGGUUUUCCCUUGAACGAAGAUCUCGCUUCCACUUUCAACCACAUACACAUAGAUAAGCCAUGCUUUCAUAUUAGUGGAACAACGGAACAAUAUUUUUCUACUUCAUUUUUUCACCAUCGCUGCAUUCUAAGUUCCUGUGCUUGGCAGCCAAGCUCGACAACAAAGCGACAAUUACAGCAGUUUUUUGCACAUGUGUGGGAACGUGUAAUAAUGCAUAUAACGUUUGAAUGUCACUGAGGAAGAUCGUUGGAUAGCGAUUUUAUAGGGAGUUCUAGCCGAUCGGAAGGUGUUCACGAUAACGGUCCCGACAACAUGACGGACCAUCUUGAUUCCUUUGAAGUGGAUAACAUCACGUCGCGCUUGUCCUUGAAUUAAUAGUUUCCCUUAUUGUGUCGUUUCCGUAAAAUGCUUUCGGUCGACUAAAUCUCCCCGUUAUUACCUGGAGUGAGUGUUUGCUGAAUUGUGCGAUAAAGUCCGAUGUGCCAACAAAUAUAUUAGUCUAAUUUAGUUGACCAGCGUUCACGAAUCAGUGCACAACAUUUUCUAUCGUCUUGCUCUGCAUUAGUAAUUUCAGGACGUGUAAAAAUAUUGCUAGUAGUAGCAUUCCUUGGUGCCAAAUGGGACAAGAUACAAUCUCCAUCCGUGCUACGUAGGAAGGAGGCAACCGCAAAACCGAGUACAGGACUGACUUGAGAAUCUGCCCUUAUCGCACAACUCAGAAAACGCUGUGGAUGAAACGACGUAAGUAAUGCAGUGCGUGGUCAUUGUGUGACACUGUGCGUCAGGAAAUGGAUCGUCGAUGUUGUUCCAAUCGCAGACAGCUACGGGGCACAUUUCUUUAAUGAACAAGGCAAGUCUUUUGCUCCCUCUGCUGCAGCUUCUAAGCGUGUGGCGGCUUCCUUGCACAAUAAACAAAAUACGCGGAAAGAAACAACGUAGAUCUAAGAAGCAAACUAGAGCAAAAGAGAUUAAACGGGAAAGAAAUUGAUGGACUUCGCUCCCACCGUGCAAGAAACUGGACAUGCCGCCAUUUUACUAUUGUUGCUACCUGAGACUUCGACAGAAAAAAAAAAAAAGAAAAGUGUUCAGAAACUGAUUACCACGUGGAUACAAGUCGUUUGCAUGUUGCGUGCAGGGAUAUGACGACGUGCUUCCAGUUCCAUUUCGCUAGGUGUUGCUAAAGGAUACGUCACCCUUUUAGUUAACUGCUACAGUCGUAAUUCUACUGCCAACACACAGCCCCAGUCGAUCGCACAUGUAUCAGAGUAGUUUGCUUGUGCGUGGAUGCUCCGAAAUUCGCUUGAAGGUCCUGAAAGAAAGUCGGCAAUGUACCUGAUAUAAGACUUUCUCUGUGAUGCUGACACAAACAAAAUAACAAUAAAUAUCAAAAUAAAACGAAAAUUAUGGAUUAAAAUGAAAAAAUCCUCGCGACUAUCAAAUGAAAGGUUCCUCGCACACGUUUUCUUCUCGUCUUCUUACAUUUGUGUGCGCACAAGACUGUCUUGUUCUUUAAAGAAAUUGUUGUCUUUACGUCACUAAGUGAAAGUCUAUACACUCCCACAUUGCGUCUGAAGUAAGACAUUUCCGUGCACAGCACCCUCUAUCACGGUAAAAUGCAGAGGGUUUAAACGGCUGCGAAUCUACAAAAUAUGCUCAUCCAAAACCUCAUGCAACCACGCUCAGAUUAUUGUUAAAAUUAACCACAUACCCCAAGCUCUGAGUUAACAGUUGCUGAGUUAGUUUGUAGAUGGACAGUCCAGUGUAUCCUUAUCUCGUCACGGGUCGUGAGAUAAGAGUUCCAUUGCGGUUCCGGGAGUUGUCACCGAAGUUGGCUGUAUGGUAUAGUGUGACUGUCUAGUAACAUCGAUAGAACGAACGCUCCAGAAAUGGUAUGCGGACUAAACCUUGAGAGCAACACAACGAGCUAGAAAAGAUAAGUACUUGUAAUUCAUGACACGUGUAAUGAUAAAGAUGCAUCGAAGUGCCCGUUAAACAAAGAUGCCAGUUAUUAUGUACCAAGUACCAAGGGGGUACAUCUGAAGCUUGUUUCGUCCGCGAUCUUGUUAAACACCCUUUACCGAGGCAUUUAGGCACAGCCUUCUUAAUGUUUCAUUAUUCUCGGGCUUUUAUGUGUUAAGUAACUGUACACACUUCCAUGUUGCGUCGUCGA